UCAUUGUCAUUUUCCAUUUCCAUAGUCCUUUUUCAUGAAAAAUCUAAUAGAAAAUUUCAUCUUGAAUUACGAUAUACGGAUUUACACAACGUUGGAAAGGUAUUAAAGCAUUACCAUUGAUUUGGUAUUGCUGUAAAAAUAAUAAAAACUGAUUAAAAGGAUUUCAACUUUGAACGACGGUGAUUUUUUUUGGACAUGCCGGAGCAUUUGGAACUUCAACAAUUGGUUGAUAUAUCAGCGGGCAGCGGAGAUGAAAGCAUUCCGAACCUUUUGGAGAAUAAACGCCCACUGAUCAAGAGAUGCCCUUACCUUGGAUUACUACUUGCGACGCUAUCAUCGUUGUUCUUCUCAUUAUGCUCUGUUAUUGUCAAAAGUCUGGUAAACAUAGAUCCCUUGCAACUGGCUAUGUUUCGUUUCAUAGGCGUUUUAUUACCAACAAUUCCGAUUGUCAUAUAUACGGAACAACCAGUAUUUCCUGAAGGUAAGCGUUUGUUACUUGCUUUACGUUCUGUGGUGGGUACUGUUGGUCUGAUGUUAAGUUUCUAUGCAUUCCGACAUAUGCCACUUGCUGAUGCAUCAGUUAUUGUAUUUUCGGUCCCAGUUUUUGUUGCAUUGUUUGCUCGCGUAUUUUUAAAAGAGCCGUGUGGUAUAUGGAAUACUAUAUCCAUAAUAUUAACACUUAUUGGAGUAAUACUGAUAACACAACCACCCUUAUUCUUUGGCAAUGAAAAACCCGAGCAUUACAGUAGUCUAUUUGGUGCUGUUGCAGCAUUCAUGUCCACAAUAUUUGGAGCGAAUGCAUACAUUCUUUUGCGUGUUCUCAAAGGAUUGCACUUCUCUGUGAUAAUGACUAAUUUUGGAGGUUAUGCUUUAUGCCAAACACUAUGUUAUUCUGUUCUCUUUGGCAUUUUGUGCAUGCCGAGUUGUGGAACGGAAAGAUUUCUUGUUGUUUGCCUUGCUAUAUUCAGUUAUUUGGGACAAAUUUUACUUACAAUGUCUUUACAAAUGGAACAAGCUGGUCCUGUGGCUAUAGCGCGAUCUGCGGAUAUUGUGUUUGCAUUCUUUUGGCAGAUUAUGUUCUAUAAUGAGAUUCCUAGUAAAUAUUCAGUCCUUGGAGCUAUUCUUGUAUUGAGUUCAGUUAUGUUAGUAGGACUUCGGAAAUGGGCUCUUGGGUUACCUGCAGAUUCUCAAUUGAGGAAAAAGCUUGGUAUUCUAGCACAAUAAAUAUUAACUUACAUGUCACUAUAUAACUUUUGAGGGUAUAAAAUAUCCUUUAUUUAUAACAAUCAUUUAAGUUAUUUGCAUAUUUAGUCAUACAUCUAGUCAUAUCUUAAUUUCUAGUCAUAUUCCAAAGAUCUUUAGUAUAUUGAUGUGAUUGAAAUCUAUAUAGAUUAUUUUAGGUUAUAUUUAUUAGUAAACCAUUAUUCAAAGGUUUGAGUACUUUUAUGUAUAAAAGUAUCCAUUAUAGUAUAUAAAACAUUACAUACUCACAAUUUUAGGGGAUUUAUAAGUGUAACAGAUACAAUAACUAUUAUAAUACUUUGUAAUAAUAAUUUCACCCUAAAAGACUGUUAAUUAGGUCCACUCUUACAUUGUGUUGUGCGCUUUUGCCUUUAUCACUUGCAUAUCUCGUUCCUUAUAGCUUUAAUUUAUAAUUAUGUUUAUCCAUUUAUAAAAUUAAAUUAUUCAGCACAAUAUUCCUAAAUUAUAUUAAAUUAUAAAGUUAUUAAUAGUUCAUAGAUUAAUAGACAAGAAUGUGAUUUAUUACUUUUUUUUUAAUUAUUUUUUUACACUUAUGACUACGGCUGUGUAAAAGUUUGAAUUUUGUUUUUUAUCAGUAUCACUACAAUAAUGUCACAUUUGAAAAAUUAUGCUGAUUUACAUUUUUACUGAAAUAUACACAAAUUAUGCACAAAUUUACUUAUCUUCAAUUAGGUUCAAGAAAAAUAUGCUUUUUACUAUUUUUUAUAACACAUAUAGAAUAAUUUUUGUAAUUUGUGUGUGUAUGUCCAUUUUUGUAAUGAUUUUUAUGCCAUCCUUAUAUUUACGAAUAAGUUAUAUUAAGUUAUAGAUUCUAUAAUGUUUUAAUUAGUAUAAAGAGAAAAUAUCCGAUAGUUCGUUAGUUUCGGAUAAACUCAAAAACUACUUAUCAACAUACUUUAUCCUAUGAACCUUGACUAUUUUACUUUUUUUUAUGUCAUAAGUAAAGUUGCGAUAGGAUUAUAGAGUUAUAUUCAACGAUUACUAUUCUAUCUAGUCAUUAUAUAAUAAUAAUCAAAUUAUGUUUUAUAAAUACUCAGAUUAAACUGAUAUUUACUGGUUUUGUUAAUAUUGAGAUAUUUGCUUAGCAGGAAUCAUACUUAAGCCAAUUUUACCUUAUGCAUAGAUAAAAAAAUCAUGUUGUUUUU